AUGUAACAAUAGCCAAGCCUAUUUUUUCAGUGUCAACUAUAUGUUGCUGAAUUGAGUUAACCUAUAAGUUUAAUCGAGUUUACAAGUGAAGAUCUGUCAAAUAAAUUAUCAUCAGAAUAAAUAUCUCAAAUUUCAGAGCAAAAACCAAAAAAAAGUCUAAAAAAUGAUAAGAGUAUAAAAUUGUUGCAAUAAUAUAGAUAGUUAAUCCAUACAAAUCAAAUUGGGCUAAUUCUUUGCUUAAUAAACACUUCAAAGUAGAAGUUACAUGUCAAGGAAGUAAAUGGAUUAUAAAGAAGGUUAAUGAAGAUGAACCUUCCAAAUCUAUGGUUAGUUGUUUGCCAAAUCUUCCUAAAUCUAUUUAAAGCUAAGGAAAAUUAUUUUCAGAUACUGCCUCAAAAUUAACAAAAAAAAGACUUAAUAAAUUUAUUGCUGAUCAACAUAGAUAAUAUGCAUUAACACCAAAUGAAGUUAUCACUUAGUCGAAUUCAUCACUUCCACAUUUAAAUAUAAAUAAAAAUGAAAAUAAUUAUCAUAAUCUUAAUAAUAAUCAUAAUCAUAAUAGCGAUAACAAAAAGAAUAAUAAUAAUAUUGAUAUAAUUAAAAUUCGCUUAAAUUCAGAAUCUCCAAAAUAAAUGCCUAUAUUUGAUAUUAAUUUUAUCAAAAAGCUCCAGCAAUUCAUAGCAUGA